UCAAAAAAGCAGGACGACAGCUUUUUUGUUGCGGGAUAAAUAUUACUGAAUAUAAAUCUGUCAUAUGAUGAUAAUUAUCUAUAAGUGUGUUUCGGUAAUGUUUUCGGAUGGUCAUUUUUUUCUGCAUAACUAGUAAUGGCUGAGCUAAGGCUAGCUAACUAUUCUAGCGUUAUCGAACCUAGGUUAGCUAGUUAGCUAUCUAACAGUUACAUCUCUCUUCUGAAUGAAUUAAUCUCAAAUGGAUAAAAUAGGGCUCUGCUGAUUUUGAAGUUGUUGAUUUUGAGCACAGUCGAGAUGGUAAAUAACCGAAUAUGCUUGACGAAUAAAUGACAGUUAAUCAGGAUUAAUAGAAAUUUGGGUUUAGCCCAUGCUGUGGUUGCCAAUGGCGACGUGGACGCUCAUCCUGCUCUGAUUUAUCUGAAGAAGCUGGACCUUACUGGCCAUGACUUCAAAACAGAAGAAGGGCCUGGGAGGGUCAAUUGAUGACGUGUUGGGGGAUCUCUUAGGAGACGGUGAUGACCCCCCCAUGAAAGCCAGAUCUCCCGCUGCUGGACUCGGCCGGCCUACAGGGGUCCUACCAUCUCGCAGCGGCAAGAGGUCUUUGCUGGACAGUUACUUCAAAUUGGCAGAGGAGGCUGAGAAGGAAGAUGAGGCUUCUGAUGUGUCUGAGGCAGAUCCCAAGGCUUUGUUGGAGAGCAUGAAGGACAUGGAUGACAUGGAUGCUGAUCUGUUUGGCCCAAAGAGAAAGCCCAGCUCAGCUCCAGUCCAGAGUAAAACCUCUGGAGCUGUAGGAUCUAAACAUGGAGCAGCCAAAUCAGAAGCUGAGGCCACAAGCAACCAGCCAGUAGAGCCAGAUGAGAGGAAGCCCAGCUCAGCUCCAGCAGCUACAGUUAGAGGCUACAAGAAAUUUAGCUUCAUGGAUGAUGAUAAAGCUGUUGAAUCUCCACCUGCCAAACAAGAUGACAUUGAUGAUCCGUUGGGUGACCUGCUGGAUGAUCUUGAUCAGGAGCCCAAGAGGACUCUCUCAGGGAAAACAGAAAAGUCACCCUCACCUUCCCCACUAAGACAAAAGAAAGAAGACAUAGCAUCGCCUGCACCUGUGUAUAAAAAACGAGAAGAGCUAACCUUCGAUGAUGAUGAAGAUGAUUUGAUGGAUGCACUAGGAUUCAGUGACACCCCAAAAGUGAGAGGCAGUGCGCUUACCCCCAAAAAAGAGAGUGAGGUUCCUCAGAGGGCACGCACCAGACUGGAUGAGAUUCUGGGAAUCGGGACGUCUCCACGCCUGCUAGAAAGACCCGCCACCGGCGAGAAAAAAGAUAGAACACAGUCAGAAAGACCAGCAGAGAAAACAUCAGAAAGAUCAGCAGAAAGACAGCCCCAGAAAAGCUCAGCCGGCAAAGACUCUGUGAUUGGUGAGGAAGAUUUCACCUUUGGGUCAUACCAGCCGACUGUUGUGUCCACCCCAGAGGGACGGCAGUCCCGCAGACAGUCUGUCCGGUUCUCUACUGAAGAUGUCAGCUCACAUUCUCCAGAACGCAGGCCCAAACCCUCCACCCCGUCCACCCCGACCACCACACGGCCUGCUCGGCCCGCAUCAGACUGGCUCGGCCUCAAACAGGACGAAAAUGAAAAUGAACAGGAUGAGCAGAAGGAUGAGAUGAAGGAGUCUGUAGGAGCAGAGGAGAGUCUAAAACCCCCUCCUUCUCCCUCACAUGAGUCAGGGAAGCCCCCCAGCAGGGCAGGACAAACUUCCAAGUCUGCGGAGGAACUCAGAGCAGUGCCAUCCUCUCCAAAGACCUCCAAACCCACAGCGUCCAGCACCCAGCUGCAGGUAGAAGAGGAGAAAACGGAGGAGGACUGGCUGGCUGGGGCACUCAGUAAGAGAAAAAUUCAAACGGUUAAACGCUCAGAAGACAGAGAGAAGAGGCAGGAGGAAACUCUGGGGCUUGGAGAGGAGAUAGAGCUGGACUCAUUCCUCAGUAAACGAAAUGCCACCUCUACUCCACGCAGGAGACAGGAGGACACAGCCAUGCCUCGCAGACAACCCAGCAGUGACUCUCUGGCCGUCUCUGGCAGACAGCAGAGCCCCACACCUGCUCCAGUCCCCAGCACAGGAGUCCAGCACAUGCCUGCUACUCAGCAUUUAAACAACCAGGAUCCUAGAGCUCACUUACAACAGGAAACACGGGGCCAAAUGCCGCUAUCCCAUCCAACUGUGAGCUGGUAUAUGCCAACCACUGUGCCCAGUGCAAUGUGGUUGCCUCAGCAAAGGACUGGAGGUGAGAAUAUGGCACCUGUGCAGCAGGUGGGUCUCUCUUCCACACAGCCACAAGUGACUCUCUCUGCAGACGGCAUUCAGCAGCUCUUACUGCAACAGCAGUUGGCGCAGGCUCAGCUGUGGGGUUUAGGUGGGCCGCUAGAGCUGGGUUCUUUGCAGAGACAGAGGAGAGAUGCAGAGCAACAAACUGGAGAAAUGACUUCACUCCAGGCUAAAAUCAUACAGCUGGAGGGACAGGUGAGGAGUCUUCAGCUGGAAAAGGAUCAGAUCCAGAUGCUGCUGGACAGCGUCCAACAGAGACACAAACAAGACACAGAGCUUAUGGAGAACACACACAGAGCUCGCAUGAAGUUGUUGGAGGAGUCUGCUACCCAGCGGGAAGAACGUGCGCGGCAAGAGAAUGAGGACCUGGCAGAACGUCUUGCAACAGUGACUCGUAUGGCAGAGCAGGAGAGAGCUGAGCUGCAGGCACAGAACCAGCGCAGGCUGGCACAGUGCCAACAGGACCGCGAUCGAGAGGUGGAGAGACUCCGUGACCUUCAGAGAAAGUCCAUACUGGAGAUGAAGAAAGAUCAUGAGGAGCAGGUGCAGAGACUCAGGAGGCUGAAGGAUGAAGAGAUUGAUGCAGUAACCAGUGCUACCUCACAGACUAGGUCUCUGACAGCAGUGAUUGAGCAGAUGGAGCAGUUUUCUCGCAGGUUGGGUGAUCUGUCGUCUCGUGUGGAGAUCACUCAUGAAAACACGGCACAAGGUCUAGAGUUGGGGGCCAGGCAGAGAGACGAGCAGCUCCGAGUGCUGCAAGAGCGUCUGACCCAGCAGCAGAGGGAGAUGACUGAGGAGAGAGCCCGACUGAAAGAGGUCAUAGCCAAGAUGGACACGCAGCUGGCUGAGCAGCAGAGACAGCUUCAGCAGGAGCGUUGGCGGGUGACAGCGGAGCAGGCUAAAGCUGAGUCAGCUUUAAGGGGCCUGGAGGAGGAGAGACGCAGCAUGAUGCAGCAUUUUGCCAUGGAACGAGAGGAGCUGGAGAGAGCGAAGUCUGCUCUAUUAGAGGAGCAGCAGACGGUGAUGCAGCGCUGUGCUGAGGAACGGAGGAAGCUUGCAGCGGAGUGGACACAGUUCCACACUCAGGAGAAAGUACGUCAGGAUCGAGCGGAGCGUGAGGCCAGCCGGGCAAUGGAGAGAGAGGCACACCGAGAGGGAACCAUUAUCAGCAUCGCACAGGAGCAGGCCGAGCUGAAGCUGCGAGCUGGCGAGCUGAAGCAGAGAGAGGACGUGCUUCAGCGAGAGAGAGAGAACUUGGAUAAGCUGAGAGAGGACCUGGAGAGAGAGAAAGAGAAACUAAGUGCAGCAGCUUUACAGCUUAAAAGUCGCGCACAGGAGGUGGAGAGUUUCAGCAAGCUGGCGUCUGAGCGCUAUGAGGAGGGUGAGCGGGCACUACAGGAGGCCAGGCAGGUGGAGACAGAACAUAAGGCUCGUCUUCGCACCAUCCACACUGAGAUGGAGCAACUCAGGAAGCAGGAGCAGAGCCUACAGCAGGAGCGAAUGAUGAUGACUGAUCAUUGCAAAGAGGUGGAAAGAAUGAGACAAAGUCUUCCCAUCAACCCUUUACCUCUCUCUACUGCACCUACAUUACCAGCUUUUGCCAGCACUCAGGUGGGUGCUCCAGUGGCCAUUCCUCCUCCUGUAGUGAAUGCAGUCUCCAGCAGCGUUUCUCCAGAGUUACAGGCAACACUGGCAUUGCUGAGACACACUGCAGAAAAGGACCGGGACUUCCUUCAGGAUGAGCAGUUUUUCCUGGACACACUCAAGAAAACACCCUAUAACUCAGCCUUUCACACUGCAUGACAAACAAAACGGGCAAAUUGUGCAAUUCCUUUAUUUAUAUGCCAAGAUGUUCAAGGUUUGUACAGAUGAAUAAAGUUUUGCAUUUAUUCACA